CAGUGGGGAGGACGGUGGGGAGGACGGUGGGGAGGACGGUGGGGAGGACCUCGAGGAGGAUGAGGGGCUGGGGGGUAUGCCGCAGGAGCUAGACCCGACCCUAGUUUGGUCUCCGCCGGUGGAGGAGGUGUACGUUGCAGCCGAGGAGAGGCUGGAACCACGGGACAAGAAGCCGUAUAGGCGCGGGAUUACGAAACUCCCCAAGCUAAAAACUUGGGCCUUCCGCGAUGUUGUUCUCGUGCCCGCUGGAAAGAGCAUGUUCAAGUAUGGCGACCCGAGGAGGAAGCCGACACGUGAGUACCCGAACAUCCUUGGAGGCAUAAUUAGGAAGCAUUUCCACUGGGAUUGUCAAUCUCCCUACUGGUGGCCGCGACGUGGCUUGGACUUGGAAGCACUACGGCUACGCGGAAGAUCCUAG